AUGAAUAAUACCAAUAGUUCAAGCUCUAUUCAACUGGGCUUACCUCCGCUACAUCUGUUCUAUUUCCCUCCCACCCAGCCGCAAAAGACAGCAAUACCCCUUCCUCCUACAGUUCCCACGACAUCGAAAUUCCUUCGUCCCGUCUCCAUCAAUUCAACCAUUUUCGACAUAUCCCUCGAUCUCCAGUUCCCUCUCACAAUCGCCGUGAUAUAUCUUUCCGCAGUCUUACUACUCAACCGGAUCAAUGCCAGCAGACAGUAUAGACCAUGGGGAUUCAGCAAGAAACCAACAUUCAGGGCUUUCGUAGUAGUCCACAAUGCCUUGCUUGCAUUGUUCUCCGCAUGGACCUUUUUUGGGAUAUGCCAUGCAUUGAAAAAUUGCUGGCCAGGCCAAGGACCGAAUUACUACACGCAUAUAGCGGAGGUGAUUUGCGAGACUGAUUCCAAAGCAGCUAGUUGUGAGUCAAGCCAAUAUACCACCACUAACUAUCCCAUGAUGACAAAGUUAACGGAUUUUGUAGUUCUCCCAUCGGCAAAUGUCAAUACCGUCUGGGAAGAAGGAUCCGCUUAUAUCGGUUGGAUCUUCUACAUGUCCAAAUUUUACGAAGUCUUGGACACGAUGGUGAUUCUGGCACGAGGGAAGAAAAGCUCUCUUUUACAAACCUAUCAUCAUGCAGGUGUUAUGCUUUGUGGAUGGGCUUCCUUGAAAUAUGAGUCCCCCGCAUUAUUGGUGGGAAUUGUACUCAACUCUGGCAUUCAUACUUUGAUGUCACUUGGGUUUGCCAUUCCUAUGACAAUCAAACGCUCAUUGACGAGUCUACAAAUCGCUCAAUUCCUGGCGGGCUUUGUUUGGGGCUAUGCGUAUUUUUUUGUGAAAUACACCGUUCCCUUCGAUGCUGCAGUCUCCCAAACCACGAGUGCGAACUCGCAUGGAGACUAUGGUGUUUCUGCGAUUGAUGGUGCCGAGGAAGUGGGCUAUGGCCGCGUGGUCUCUUGUCUUAGUGACAGUGGGGAGGCGUUCACCAUCUUGCUAACAACGGCUUAUGUUCUGCCUUUGUUGUUGUUAUUUGUGCGGUUCUUUAUUGCCUCCUACAGCAAGUCAAAGACAGUAUGA